AUGUAUGCAGGAAAUGAUAAUUGGUCGUAUGAAGAAUCAAAUAACAAUGAAAAAAAGAAAAGUCGUGUAGAAAAUAGUUCAAUAAAACGUGAAAAUAAUUCUUCAUCAACUCAUACACAUGUUCAUCAUCAUCAUAUUCAUCAUCAUCUCGUACUUGACGAUCAAACUCCAUCUGAUUCGAAUACAAAUGCAUCGACAAAUCAGAAAAAACGAAAACAUUGUGAAACAUUAAAUUCAAAGAAUACAACAACAAGUUCAACAAACGAUGGAGAUUAUCAAUUAGUUCAAAAUGAAAUUUUAUAUUCAAUGACAAAUUCUUAUGAAGUUUUAGAAUACUUAGGUCGAGGAACAUUUGGACAAGUGGUAAAAUGUUGGAAGAAAGGUACAAAUGAAGUUGUAGCAAUAAAAAUCUUGAAAAAUCAUCCAUCAUAUGCUCGUCAAGGACAAAUUGAAGUUUCAAUUUUAUCACGUCUUGGUCAAGAAAAUGCUGAUCAAUUCAAUUUAGUUCGUGCAUAUGAAGUGUUUACACAUAAGAAUCACACGUGUCUUGUUUUUGAAAUGUUAGAACAAAAUUUAUAUGAUUAUUUAAAACAACAAAAGUUUUCUGCACUUCCGUUAAAAUCAAUUCGUCCAAUUAUUCAACAAGUGUGUGUUGCUUUAGCGAAAUUAAAACAAUUAGGUCUUAUUCAUGCAGAUACAAAACCAGAAAACAUUAUGUUAUUAGAUCCACGUCGACAACCAUUUAAAGUGAAAUUAAUUGAUUUUGGAAGUGCAUCACCUGUCGAAAAAGCUAUUCAAUCAACUUAUCUUCAAUCACGUUAUUAUCGUGCAAUUGAAAUUCUUCUUGGUUUACCAUUUAAUGAAUCAAUUGACAUGUGGUCACUUGGCUGUGUCAUGGCUGAACUUUUUCUUGGUUGGCCACUUUAUCCAGGUUCAUCAGAAUAUGAUCAAAUUAGAUAUAUAUCACAAACACAAGGUUUACCUUCACAACAUAUGUUAGAACAAGGACAAAAAACGUCGAAAUUUUUCUAUUUUAAUAAUUAUCAAUGGAAAUUAAAAUCACCUGAACAAUAUGAAAGAGAAACGGGAAUUAAAUCCAAAGAAGCAAGAAAAUUUAUUUUUAAAAAUAUCGAUGAUAUUCAACAUAUUCAUUUAAAACAAGAUUUUCUCCCAAAUCAAUUACAAGCAGAAAAAUUAGAUCGAUUGUUUUUUGUUGAUUUACUUAAAAAAAUGAUUCAUUUGGAUCAAAAUUUAAGAAUUACACCUAAUCAAGCAUUGAAUCAUCCAUUCAUCACAAUGGAUCAUCUUGUUGAUUAUGCCAAUUGCAAUAAUGUUCGACAAAGUGUUCAAAUGAUGGAAGUUUGUAAAAAAACUCCAAACUAUCCAAUCAAUCACUUUUCAAGUCCAGUUCGUCCACCAGGAAAUGAAAUUUUAGUUUCAUAUCCAUUACCACCAGCUGCAUAUUUUAUUCCACCAUAUCAAGUUGGAACACCUUUAUUUGUUCCUGUUGGUCCAACUGAUCGACCAUUUUUAAUCAAUAAUCCUACAACAUGGAGUCAAUUAUUAAUUCCUCCAUCAUUUGUUGGUUUAUUUAAUCGUCGUUUAACAACGAAUGAUUUUCCAAAUCAACAUUAUUUACCUGGAUCUGAAUCAUUUCAAAUUAAUUUAAAUGAAAAUACAAGAAAUAAUCUUCAACAACCACAACCAGUUCAAGUUCAACCUCAACAACAACAACAACAACAACAAACACGAUCAGUUUCAGUCAUAACUUUAUCAUCAGAUGAUGAUGAAGAACAACCACCAAGAAUUGCUCCACCACCUCCACCUGGAAUGUCGUCUCGAUCAAUGAAUCCAAUGUGUUAUGUGAUAGAUAGUCAACAAGGCUGA